AUGUCGUUUCGUAAAAGAGCAGAACCGCUUGCUCCUGGCAGAACUCCCAUGGGAGCUUCUCCAUUGGUUUCUGGGAGAGCUCCUUUGGGUGGGCGGGUCCCCAUCACUGGUGGAUUGAACAGAGCACCUCCAACGUUAGCUCAGGCAAAGAAACCAGAGUCUCUGGACAUAGUUUCGGCAAACCCAGGGGUUCGUCCCUCAUCUUCAACCUCAGACCCUACAAUCUCAACGGGAUGUGCUGACUUGGACAGAAUCCUAGCCCAUCAAGGGCUCCCGUUGGGCCACUCACUUCUAGUGGAGGAAUCUGGAUCGACAGACUUUGCGUCGGUGUUGCUACGGGCAUUCGCUGCGCAGGGGAUUUUCCAUGAUCGUUUAGAGAAGGACAAGAGUUUCUGUCAUGUGGUUGUUGUUGGUGCUCCAGAAGCGUGGAUCAAUGAUCUCCCAGGCGAGUACAAAGGCGGCAGUAAGGAACAAAAAAGAGCGAAAAUUGCUGCUGACUCUUCGAAGGUCAGUGUGCUGAAUAUGGCAGACAAAGACUUGAAGAUUGCUUGGAGAUACGGCUUGCAGAAAAAGGGCAAUGGUGCUGCAGAGGAAGAGAAGCCCAAUGAUACGGUGUAUGAGCAUUAUACUACACAGUUUGAUAUCACUCAGCGUCUUGUUCCUGGCGCCAGCUCUCAAGAGGUUUCCUUUGUACCUCUUCUGGCGAAUUAUCAGAGUAUCGUAUCGCACAUAAGGAAGAUUGUGCAGAAGCAGAUCGAAAACCUGCCUGCCAAGGUUGUUCGUAUAGUGGUGCCUGGUUUUCUCAACCCGUCGAUUUACCCACCAUCAGCAUCGGCAUCGACGUUCAUUGUUCCAUUAUUUCAUUCAUUGCAGUCGCUCUUGAGAACGUUCUCCAAGAACGCUGCUCUCAUAGCGUCUAUCCCAUUAGACUUGUACCCUAGAGAAUCUGUGUUAACACUGUUGUUUGAGCAGUUUGCAGACGGGGUUGUCUAUCUUCAACCUUUCAAUCAGGAGAUGGAAGCUCUACUCGAGAGAGCUUAUAAGAACGAGCCGAGCAAAAUCCAGCAGGGUCUCGUCAACGUCAUAAAGGUGCCUAUUCUAUCGGCCAAAGGUAUGAUGAUGAUCAGGGACGGAGAAUAUGCCUUCAGAAAUGGACGCAAAAGGUUCGCAAUCGAGGAAUGGGGCAUUCCAGUGGACGAUACCGAGGAAGAGGAGCCUCAAACAAAGCAAAACAUUGAUUUUUGA